GAUGUCGGUAGUAAGCAAUUUUCCAUGGGCGCAAUGGGUGUACUGAGUUUACUGACUACUAUUGAGCUUUAACUCAGAAGGAAGAUCCUCUCGGCUACUACUGAGCAUCAACUCAGAAGGCAUAACCAUCCGUCUUCCCGAGCAAGACCCUCUCCACAUUCCCCCUUCCUUAAAUCCCCAUCUCCUCCCGCUUUCAGGGAUUCCUCCGACUCGCUCUGAUAGUCUCACUCUUACCUCCUGAGCUGCAAAAAGUACCAACUUUUCUCUUCCCGAUCGCUUGUUUCUUCCUUUUUUUUCUCUUAAUGGGUGGUCCAGGAAUCUCAUUACUGGUUUGUUUACUGAGUUUUCUGAUCAUUUGACUUUCUGGGUACCAACUCACUCUGCCCUCUUGAGCUGCAAAGAAGUAGCUUGAUACAUGAGAACGGCCACCAAGAGAUCAAUGACAUAAAAUCAACCAUGGUGAGCUUAAGAAAGCGCAAACGCAUGAGACUGGUCUCCGGGGAAAGUAAUGCUUUAGUUCCACUUCCCAGUUUUUGGGACAAAGAAAUUGCUCCUCAAGAUCCAAACCGCAUGCCUUCAACUGAUGUCAUUCAGCCAGAGAGGAUGAAAGAAACCAAGAAACCGAGGAUAAAGACUUUUGCUAAGAAAAGCCCAACAAAAAAGAAGAAGGAUUAUCUGCAAUAUAGAUGCAACAUGACGGGCUUUGCAGAUGCCAUGCAAUUGUACAAGCCUACGCUUCAACAACGUCAAGACAUCUGCGACGAGUUAGCCAAGACACCAUUUUGGAGUCUACUAAAAAUGUACAUGGAUGACAUAUUGAUCGCCACGGAUAGAAAGAAGAAGUCCGGUAUGGAUUUAAUAAAGAUCAUGCAAUGCUACAACUCAAAGGAGCAAAAAUUUAAGUUUGGAGAUAAUGAAGCAAAGGGAAUAACGAACGAUGAUGUUGUUCAGAUAUUUGGUCUGAACAACAGAGGAGUGGAGCUUCCAAACACGGACAAGUCCACGAAACAUGGAAAAGAGGACCCCUUCAUUGACAAAUACUUUAAGCAUGCAAAAGUUGUCAAAAGGAAGCAACUAAUAGAAGCCUAUGAAAAAUCACUCCUGGACCAAUCUCCUCAAGGUGCAAAAGAUACCGCUUCCAUAAUCUGUGCUCAUCUCAUCCAAUCACUUCUUUUUGCUAAUUCUGGCACGUAUAUUACCUGGAGUUUCUUAAAGAUAUGUGGGGAGUUGGAUGAGAUCAGUAAAUAUAACUGGGCGAAAGGAGUGAAAGAUUACCUCCUCAAGAUGAUAAACAAAGCACAGAAGAAGAAAAAAAAUAGAGGAGAAGAACCAACAAUUAGUGGCUGCACCGUCUUUGUUUUGUAUUGGAUAUGUCUUCAUACAAAUGUGGUUAAGACGGUCAGAGGACGAGAAAACAUGAUUCCAGCAAUUGCAAGAUGGGAUACAAGUAUGAUACACAAAGCAAUCAAAGAUGUCCCAGUUGAACAAAUCAUGAUUGAUGGUGUCAUUCCUUGUGCUCAUCCACAAGAAGAAUCUUCGAAGAAAAAACAAGAAAAAACAAGAACGAAGAAAAGAAAGCAAAGUGAUGUCAUUCCUUAUGCUCAACCUGAAGAUGAUAAAUUGGAUGACCAUUCCCACCAAAAAGAGGAAGCAAACAAAGAUGAGAUGGCAGAGGUUGAUAAAAAUUUGAAGAAGAAAAAGAAGAAACAGAAAAGGAAGCAAAAUGAUGAAGAACAUGAAGGCAUCAAUAUAAAUGAAGCUCAAGCACAGUUCGAUCAACUGUACAAAGAGGAAAUGAGCAAACUCGAUGCCAUUCAUCAGAGAUACAUCAUUGGCAUGGAUGGAACCUUAAGUGUAGAUCUUUUCAAUGAGUUCAAGAGUGCUAGGAGCAUUGAUCAGAAAAGGUACCUAACCUUCAAGACGUUGAUGACAUAUGCACUGGACUCUUCAAACAAAGAGUGCAUAGCACUCAGGGAAUCAAAUAAAAUGCUAAACCAUGAAAUGAAAAAGAUUCUACGACAAGAGGAGCUUGACAAGAAGAAAAUGAAUGCACUAAAUGCUGAUUUAUUAUCAUUGCAGACAAAAAACAGUGCAGCUUCUCUAAAAAUCAAUGAACAGCUAAAUGAGAUUGGGGCUUUGAAGAAGAAGUUGGAAGAAAAGGAAGCAAAAAUUCCAGGUUUGAAUGCUUCUGUACACGAACUUCAGGAAGAGUGGAAUCAAACUGCUAGUGAUUCCAAAGUUCAAUCUCCGUGGGGUGAUGAAAUGAUCAAAAAGGCCAACUUUCCAAUUCCUCAUAGCUUAUCAGGCGAAAUCGCGGAGCUUGAGGCGUCUAAGGGAGCCGAAUCAAGCGCCGACUCUAAGGAAAUACCUAAAGCGAUUUCUCCGGUCAACUCCGAAGCUGCUUCCGAGGAUACGUCUGCCGAGGUUAAGGUUAAGGUAAUCAAGAUUGCAUGUCGCCUCAUAGAAAUAUGUAAAUCAGAUUAAUUAUUGUGAUGGGUUGUUAAUUAUCCUUUAUUUAGAAAAUCUAGUGAAACACAUAGCAGAUGCCGAAUAGUAUGCAGAUGUUAGCCGGAGAGCUGGAGAUGAUAAACAUAUAGAAGUGAAGGAAAGAACACUACACACAAGAAGCCUUGAUGUGCAGUGAGAAACUUAUUGUUCAUUUGUAAUGGAUGCUGUUAUUUUUGGUGUAAGAGAAAGAAGCAUAAACAUAAAUAUAAAAACUAUAUUGCUGAUCAAUUUUUUAAUAACAUGAUUUGUA